AUGUCAUUACGGCACCCUGUACGAUGUCUUCCUAGUUCCUCGCUCAGAUAUCGAGCUCGCUCCUCUCCACGACACUGCGGGCUCCAAGCCCUGAGCCCGAGGCAAUUCCAUGCCUCCCGACCGAACUAUCUUCUCGCAGAAGUCCUUCAACUCUCCGAAGCCACCUUUCAGCAAGUUCACAGUCUGAGUGGACUAUCAUGGGGUCUCUCGAUCCCUCUCACGGCCGUGGUGUUUCGCCUCGCGUGGCUUCCGAUUCUCUACGUCACCAAUAAAGCCAAUAAGCAAGAACAAAAAGUAGCCGGCGUGCUCAAGGGAUGGCGGAGGGCAUAUCAAGAUCGGGCCAGGAUGAAGAACCCUCAUGGAACCGAGCAAUCGGCUAAACUGGCAGAGUCAUGGGUACAAGCGCACCUUCGCACCAAGCUCAAAGAAAUCAAGCAAAACACUCCCUACAUGAGCUGGCAGGCACGACUUGCUCUGCAGUUCUCCUUCCUCCCCAUCUGGUUCAUCAAUGCCCAAGUUAUCAGAAACAUGGCAGGCGAUGAUAGAACACUGCUCAGUCUCUUCACAAAGUCAGGUGAAGAAGCGCAAACCAGCGUAAUUCAUACUGAACCAGGCCUGGCAAACGAAAGCUUUCUUUGGCUGCCUGACCUGGUUCAAUUUGACCAUACCUGGGUGCUGCCGUUGACAUUUGCCGCUUUGUCGGGGGCCAGUGUCUGGCAGAUGCUCGGGAAAGACAUCAAGCAAAGACAGAGCAAGAUCGUAGGCAUGGAUCAGGGGUGGACCAGGACCCGCGAAGUCUGGAUUCUCAUGGUGUCCCAGUUAUUUGCUGCCAGCCCUUUCAUUUUCGGCUAUUUGAUUAUCAGGGGUGAGAUGCCUUCCGCCGUCGUCCUCUACAUGAUCGGAAGCGUUGGAAUGCAAAUGGCACAGCGUCCCUUCGUGAGAUAUGUCCUUGGCAUCAACAAGUCAAUGGAAGUUUUGGAGACCAGAGUUCCAGCACUCAAAGGUCAGAAAGAGGCACCCCGGAAUACCUGA